CCGUCGUCACAUCCAUCAUUCCGUCAAUGCUUCUUCGACUUUGACAUCGAAUGCUUGCUGAACCGUGACGUUUUUGCUCACUUCGGAUGUCGACCUAACCUCCAACUGUAGGCGACAAUCAUCAUAUAUCGAAUACUUUCAACCUAUGAUCAUCGGCUUGCGCAAGGCUUCUUCGGCAAAAUGACGUUCCAAAGCAAAAAGUUUCCCUCGACGGCGAACACCAACACCUUCGCCGCCAAAUACCGUGCAAUGAUGAAGAAGCACCCCUUCCUUCUCUUUGGUCUUCCCUUCAUGUCGGUCAUUGUUGCCGGCUCCUUCAUCCUUACCCCUGCCGCCGCGAUUCGUUACGAGAAGUACGACCGGAAGGUCCGACAGGUGUCGCGUGAAGAGGAGUUGGGUCUGGGUCAGAGGAAGCGCAGGGUGGACAUUCGUGAGGAGUACUACAGACUGGCGGCGAAGGAUCUCGACAACUGGGAACAAAAGCGUGUCGAACGCCUGAAGGGAGAGUCCGAUGGUCUGCUUUGAAGACGUUAUGCGCACACACACACACACACACACACACACAUCAGACAAUACCACAACAACCCUGGUUGCGACCCGAAUGUCAUGUCGAUUUAAGGCAAUAAAAAGGCACUUUAUGAUCAGCAGGGAGAAGGAAAACGAACAUCUUUGAACUUCCGUA